AUGUCCUACAGCAUAAGUUCUGAAUCCGACCUCAUAGUUAUUCGCCUUCCGGACACUCUGUCCUAUUGGCCGUGGUCUCGCAGGAUCAAUCCUCAUUAUGAGGAAGUGAAGAGGGAAUCUGGAGCUUGGUUCUGUUCCUUCAGAGCGUUUGGACCGGAUGCUCAGAGUGCAUUUGAUCGUUGCGACUUCAGUUUAUUAUCUUCGCUAGCAUACCCAACGGCAUCGAGAGAACAUCUUCGCACUGUAUGCGACAUGAUGAAUUUGUUUUUCGUUUUCGACGAGUACACCGACAAUGCACCUCCUGAAGUUGUCCGGCACUACGCAGAUAUCGUCAUGGACGCUAUCAGGAACCCAACUCGACCUCGACCCGAAGAUGAGGUAAUUCUUGGGGUCGUUGCACAGGAGUUUUGGGCGCUUGGCAUCAAGUCAGCGAGCCGGACCUCCCGGGAACGUUUCAUCGAAAGUUUUGAACACUACACCGAUUCUGUUGUCCAACAAGCAAAGGAUCGCCAUCAUCGCUAUAUUCGGAAUAUUGAAGAUUAUUUCGAUGUCCGUCGUCUUACCAUCGGUGCUUACCCGUCAUAUGCAAUGCUAGAGCUAGGGUAUGACUUGCCUGACGAGGUGUUCUACCACCCAACCCUCGUUACUUUGCGACGUUUGAGCUGUGACCUUCUAAUCAUGGAUAAUGACCUUGCUUCGUACAAUAAGGAGCAAGCGCUUGAAGAGCAUCCUCAUAAUAUCAUCGCUUCUGUCAUGAACGAGCUGAGCUGUGACCUCGGGCAAGCUUUAUCGUGGGUAGAAGAACACCAUCGCUCGAUCGGAGCCCAAUUUUUGACGCUGUGGACGAAGAUACCGUCCUGGGGAUCUGAAAUCGAUGAUCUUGCAUCCCGCUAUCUACACGGCAUCGCAAAUUGGGUCCGAGCGGAUUAUUGCUGGUGUUUUGAGAGCGAGAGGUAUUUUGGGUCUAAGGGUAGAGACGUGCAGGAGUGCAGGAUGGUUACUCUUAUGCCUAAGCAAUUUUCGAUGAGCGAGCCGCUGCUUGUACAUGCACCAUAAUCUUUGAUCUGUGUUUCCAUAUUCUACUUUAGAAAUACGGAAUUUCAGAAUCACAAAUGAAGGUCCUUGACAUUUUGUACAACGCAUCUGCCUCCCCCAGUGGCUGGGUUAGCGAGUCGGUUCUGGGCUAGGAUGAUUGAGCAAUGAGGAAUACAGGACAUCUCUAUGUAUCCGAGUAUGUUCUCCAGAAUCCUUG